GCAGACGGAGGACACGUUAAGAAGUCUAGCUCUGGGGAAAGAUUAGGUUGCCGCCGAAUAGGGAAAAGACUCUUUUAUCGCAGGCGGGAAUACAGAUGUAAUAGACUUAAGACAGAAUGGAGAAUUCAUGAAAACCUACUGCACACAUUUUUUUCUCCCCUGAAGAAGCUGCUUUAGAUAAGAAAGAAGAGAAUUAUAACUCAGGAUGGAAAUGAGAAUCCAACGUUAUCACAGCUGGGCCUAUUCUUUUAAACAGACAUGGACGUGAUGUUGAGAAUACAUGAAGCGGUGAGUGAGGAAAUAAUUUGUUUUCUCCUGUUUGAAGCAGAGGAAAUGUUAAUCGCUCUGGAAGUUCGUGCAACCUAACCUCACUGAACCAAAUUAACUCGAGGAUUGUUGCUUGCGUUCGCUGCCGUGUAAGUAAAGCGAAUUAAAGAAACAUCUGGGUUGUUGAAAAAGACAAAAAAUGUGGGAGAAAAAGCCUUGUUGAUGACAGAGGUCAGCGGACAAUGACAAGACUGCUUUGAGUCGACAAUAAGGCAACAGUAACAUCGAAUAACCACCCAUUACAACCAAGGUGUGCAGAAGGGCAUCUCUGAAUGUGCUGUGUGCUGCACAAAAAUGCCAUUAUGUAUUAUAAAUGUAUUUCUGCUGCAGGGGUCCCACAGCUGCAAAGUUUUUCCUGCACGGCUGCACAAUUUAAACCUCAUCAUGUUUCCACCGGCGCUGAGUGUUCACAAGGGGACUGUUUUCUACGCCAUCUACAUGGUUGGGGGGCUUCUGAUUACAGCCACUGUUGACCUGGCUGUGAGGAAAGCUCAUAACCUGCUGGGCCUGUCACACACUCUCAUCAACCUCGUGGGCAACAGAUGUCAAAAACAUGCUGUUAAGUCUGCGGUAAAACAAAAACUGAAACAUCUGCACUUCACUGAGAGUCUCAACAGUCUCCUUGACGUGACAAGACUGAGAGAAAUUUACUAUUUUAAGGUUUUACAGGGAGAUCUCGGUUCCCCUGAUAAUCCAACAAACCUGGAGUCAAAGCCUGCCAUCUCAGAAAAAAGGUGCAGGAUUUAUUACAUCUUCCUGUGUUGUUCGAAGCGCCAGCGAAUUCUGAAACUGCACAUUAGAGCUGACGACAUCAGGCUGAAAACGUUCAGGCCUUCGAAUAAACUACAGUGGCUUAUUGAGUUUGGCAGAAAGGCACAUGCAAGGGGAGAUAUAGUUUUUAUUUUGCUGGAUGGACAAACAGGACAAAUCGGCCUUGGCUUCGAAAGAAACGAUGCUGCAAAUGAGCGCCCCGCCGACAAGUUUCGCUCUGUGGGUAUCUGCUCUGUCCGUGGCUCUGCUUUGGAUGCUCCUGCCUCACAUUGCUCUUUGUGCAGUGAUGUGGUUCGGCUGGAGAGUACGACAACACAUCAGCUGAGUCAGCCGCUGUCACAGAGAUGCUAAUCUACCGGAACUCUUAACGAAUAGGCUCAAACUUGCUCGUGCAACCUCAAAUCGUUGCUUAUCCCUCCAACAUGACCGAAACCAUCUUACAUUUGGUUUUACCUCCACACAGCUGGCUUCAGAGCUUAAAGUGCAUUUCUAAUAAUUACCUAGCACACUGUCUCCUCUCUGCUUCAUAUCAAAUAAUAAUCACUGCUCACUCUGCAGAUCCCAUUUAUCAUUUUUUGUUUCCAACAACAACUCAAACACCUCCCUACCGGCUUUAAAAAAAAUAUGUAUACAUAUUAAACGUGUAUCUACCUGUGUGCAUUGUAGACUGUAUACAGAAGAUGGACAAUGGUUGAUGUCACCACUACUGAAACUGCACACCCAUUGGCUAUUGACUUGCCAAUCACAAAUCAUCAGCCAAUGAGCCUAUUCUAGAUAAUCCUCCUUUCUGACACUGAAUAACUCAAACACAACAAAAUUCACGUUUUAUUCAAAACAAGUGGCUGAUCUCAUAAACUCAACAGGAAAAUGUGUACAUGGGUACAGACAAGAAGCUCACAGACCUCAAUAGGACUGGAAGCCUUUAUGCAGUCAGAGGUGUCAUGCCUUGGUGCCCAUUAAAGCCAGUUCAGGGUUAAGACACUUACUCAUUGGCUUCAUUUUCCAGUCCCAGAAGGUGCAUCUAUCUGUUUUAUAUAUAGUCGAUGGCGGACGUGUUUUCAUGUAUGUUAUUUACUUCCUUGCUGUCCUGCACUACAAUCAACUUUGUUGUCUAUUUAAAUAAAGUUAAA